UAUGUGUAUGUACACUUACAUCUUGUCUGUGAUGUUUUUGGAAGGUCUGACAGGGAGCCCUUAAUUUACAGAACAGAGAGUGGAAUAGUCAGAUGUACACUCGGCUUCUACUCAUGAUAUAAUUUGUGGGGAGUCGUUUAAACCGACCGUAUGAUGCCAAUCGGCAAGAAUAAAUUGAACCUGACAAUUUCUGUUGGGGAGCCGGGGCAGCAGGACGGAAACACUGACCGGCAGAAUGGAGCCCAGGCCAGUUUAGAAGCACUGCAGCAAAAGCUGAAAGAGCUGGAUAUUGAUGACCAGCAGAGGGAACGAUUAGAAGAGUUUCUGUCCCAAAAGCAGAAGGUAGGAGAGCUUCUGGAAGAGGACUUUGAGAAACUUGGGGAACUAGGGGCAGGCAAUGGAGGAGUUGUCACUAAAGUAUUGCACAAGCCAACAGGCCUGAUCAUGGCAAGGAAGCUCAUUCAUCUAGAAAUCAAGCCAGCUGUGCGAAAUCAGAUCAUCCGUGAACUUAAGGUGUUACAUGAAUGUAACUCACCUGACAUAGUGGGCUACUAUGGUGCCUUCUACAGUGAUGGGGAAAUUAGCAUAUGCAUGGAGUAUAUGGAUGGGGGUUCUUUAGAUCUAAUUUUGAAGAAAGCAGGAAGGAUUCCAGAACCAGUUCUUGGUGUCAUCAACAUUUCUGUGCUCAAGGGGUUGUCCUACCUGCGGGAAAAACAUCAAAUCAUCCACAGAGAUGUCAAGCCUUCCAACAUUCUGGUAAAUUCACGAGGAGAAAUCAAAAUCUGUGAUUUUGGAGUCAGUGGACAGUUGAUCGACUCUAUGGCCAAUUCUUUUGUGGGAACACGCUCCUACAUGGCACCAGAGCGACUGCAGGGCACACACUACUCAGUGCAGUCAGACAUCUGGAGUCUAGGGUUAUCAAUGGUAGAGAUGGCGAUUGGUCGCUACCCUGUGCCACCCCCUGAUGCCAAAGAUCUGGCAUCCAUAUUUGGUGAAAAUGUGAUGGAAGAGCAUAUGGAAGCAGCACGAACAGGAAAGCCACUCAAAGCAUGCCCAGGAGGAGUUGAGGUUAUAACUACCACCAGUUACUUUCCAGCCUGCCCUGGGGAUAUGGAAGUAAUUACAGGGGAUGGGCCGCUCCCCAUGGCUAUUUUUGAACUCCUGGAAUAUAUAGUCAAUGAGCCUCCACCCACACUUCCGAAGGGCAGAUUCUCUGAUGAGUUCGUUGACUUUGUUGAUCGUUGCUUGAAGAAAAAUCCUUCAGAUAGGGCAGACCUGCAGUCACUUAUGAAUCAUCCAUUUGUGAAGAAGUAUGAGAACUCAGACAUAGACAUUGGCAACUGGGUGUGCCGUGUCAUGAAUAUCACACCAGAGGAGAACAGCAACUGAGCCAAGGUUUUACAGAAUGGCUGCAUUUCAGCGCCAUGAAAUAAACUCUGGAAUGACCAAGUCUUCAAUGCCUGAACCCUCAGUUACUCUGUGGCUAAUAUGAGGGGGGAACAACAACAAACCUCUUCUUACUUUUGUGUCACGAAAACACUUUGUUGGAUGGUAUGCAGUGGAUCUCCUUAUGUGUGACAGUGAUCUAGGUAUUUCUGUGCAAAAUUUUGUGUUUCGCCACUGCACAAUACCACCGCUGUUGUUGAUGUUAUUUGUAGAGAAUAGGUUGGUUUUACUACUUUAUGCAUUCAUGGUUGAAACACUUUUUCAGUUUCCAGUCUCUAAAUUUUAUCUUGAAGUUGUCCCGGUUGAUGCAGGAAGCCAUCAGUUGGGGCAUAAUAGACAUGGGAGACAAUGCAUUGCUACAGUUCUUCUGCAUAGAAUGAUGGUAACGUGCAACGGCGGGAAAAACUCACAAUUCUCAUGAGAAGUUAUGUCAUUGUAUAAAUCAUGUCUUGAACCCCAUAUGCCUUAGUGCCCCCAGCAUGGAGAAAAUAUUUGCACGAAAUCUACAUCGCUGAUAGAGCAUUUCUAUAUUUGUCAUGAACUUACCAGUCUUUAACAGCAUAUGGAAAACUUAAAAUAAUCAAAACAUCAGUUUUUUGACACUUCAGCAAUUUUCUACCCUCAGAUAUUUUCAGCUCUUAAGUUUUUGUUACUUUCUUGUUCAGCGAUAACUUUUUAAUGUGACGUAGAUUUAAAAAGGGGGCGGGGUCAAGAAAAAAAUGUCUUACAGUCAGUGGCAUUUGAGAUAGUGUUCUUUCCUUUGGCUUGCCUGUUAGGUAGCAACUGUAACUGUUGACUUGUAUGAAGGUCAAAAGUCUUGCUGAGGGGUCAUGCUCAUUGGAGACGUGUGUUUUUAUCAGUUGAACUUUUACAAUACAUUUCGCUGUGCACUGUGACUGGUAUAAAUAAAUGUGUGCCUGUUUUUUGUGUGUGUUGAUGACAAAGAAAAGGUGGAGAAUCCUUGAAUCAGUUCUGCAGUAGGUGGAGGAAGGACUAUUGUAAGAGUGUUGUUCUGAGUGAUCUGGUCCAUGCAUGGCUGCUAGCAAUGUACCAAAAGUUUGGACUGUUUUUCAUUCUACUUAUAUCAUCAGUCCUAUUGUCUGCAUGGAUGUUCAUUGUCAGUUUUAAGAAUACUGUGGCGUUCAUUAUGAAAAGUAAAUACAGAAUAUAAAUAUAAAAGUUUACUUAUAUCACUCUACAUGAAUUUUUAUAUAUAAAGUUUGGACUGUUAUGUGCUGUUAGUGUUACUUCUUUUCAAGUGAAAUAACUCUGACAUCUUAUGGAACUAAGAUUCUGAUUUCGUGUUUUGACUCAUAUCUUUUGGUGUUCUGCCAUUGGCCUAGGCUGGUUCUCUACUGUUUCAAGUGUAUUUAUAUCUUUGAUUGUCUUUUUGAUGAAUGAGUUUUUUUGGUGUCUUCAACAAAAGACCUAUUUCUACUUGUUUUUGUUACAGAAGCAAACAUAUUUUGAAAUGUCGUACUUGUUACUGUUGAUUGACCCAUGUUGUUUGAUGUUUCACUCCUCACGUUACUUGGUUUGCUGAUGGGUAGUGGGUGGUGGCCAUGAUGGUAAUGGUGGUUGUUUCAGCUCUGAGAAUAUUUCUGUUUUUGUGUUCCAUCAAUGCAGCAUAUUUUCAGUCUUCAUCAGAGAUGGACAUCUACCAGUGAAGCACAUGAUUUUAAAAUGUAUUGAUAGCAUGAGCUGUCUCCACAUAGAGAUGCAUUUGUCCUGCACCUUAAAAUUGUCUUUGUGUUUAUGUUUUACUUUUAUGUGCUCUAGAAAAAAAAUUCCUGCUUAGCAUUUUCAACACGGCUGAUCUUGCUAAAUAAAUUGGCAUAACAGAUUGAUUGACAAGUAAGCGCUAAGAUUCUUAAAUUUUCUGGCAUCGCUGUGGGCUGUUCUGUUGUUUUUUUUUUGGGGGGGGACUUACACUAGUAUCAUUUACAUUAGUAAUCACAGAGAUUAAAGCAAGUUGAGUGAUAAACCACUUUAAACUUGUCACACCCACCAUAUUGUGAACUGUCUUAUACAGAGCUUUUGACACUGAAAAUGGUUUUAGUAAUGUGAGACCAUUUUGGAAGCACUUGCCAUUAUGGGGAAAAUGUUGAUAACCAACAUAAAACGCUGACAUUUGUGUAAAAGUGUGACAAGCUAAAUAAGUAGUUUUUUUUUUUAAAUAGGACUAAAACAUUUUACUACGUCUUGCAGUUACUAAUGAUUUCAUGUUUGAAGUUCUGAACCAUGCUGUAAAUUCUGUGACAUGUUAGCUGCUUCAUGUCUACUAGAGUGAAACAAAAGUGACAAGUUACCUUGAACUGCUACAUUCCCUCUGCCUGUGCAGAUGCACGAGAUUUUGGGUGAUGUUGCAAUUUGAUUGGUAUAUUCCAGACUUUUGGGUUGAAACCUUGCCUGGCAGUUGUUUCAGUUUUGUACUUGGAUGACAGCUUUUUUUCCCGCCCCACUUUACAUUAAAAAAAAAAAUGGGUUAAGGUUGAUUUUUUUUUUGGGUACACUUAACCACCAGACACCAAAAUGUAUUAAUAGAUGUUUCAAUAUUACAAUGUGUAAGGCAGUGACAAAUUAAACUUGAGGGGGAACACUUGGAAACAUAAGUUUCUUUUUUUUUAAUCGUGCCCAUCUAGUGUUACCUCUGUUCCUUUGCUUGAUGAUUGCAGGCUUUUGAUUGAAGUAGAUUGGGGCAUGCUCCCUUCCCCCCAGGAAUCUUAGACCAUUGAUGUUGUACAUGUGCUUGUACUAGUGGCCUGACUGCGUUUUGGAGUUGAUGCACAAUGUGUAUUGUGCAGUACUUUGUCUAUAAUCAUGAGAUAUUGUAGUGUAGCUGUGUAAAUGCAUCAAAGAAUCUAAUUUAAAAUCACAUCUCUGAAGAUCCUUUGUGAGUGUAAAGUGUGAGAGUAGAUGUAUACACACCAGUAGCAAGACAUGAAGGGUUUUUGUUUGUUUGUUUGUUUUUAGUACUAUUAGAUUUUCAGCUACUGUAUUCAAAUAUUUUUUUUUUAGUGUAACUCUGUGCAUUAUGCUUUCACUUUCAACUCUUACAGGAUUUGGACUGCUGUACCACAAUCCUUGCAUUACUUAAGAUAAUAAUUGUGGUCUAAUCUUUUAUCCUAACAUUUCACAGAAAUCAGAUUUCAAGUUUGUGGAACAUGUUUAAAGUAAAAAAAGAUGUAUGAUUACAGUGAUUUUAUUAAUAAUCUUAUUAACAAUUCUUCCAACUUCUAAAAUAUAACAUUCAGCAUUAAAAAAAACUUCAAG